UUUGGUUGCUAAGCCCCCACACCCACCACCCCACCACUCCACACCACCUGCUGGGUCGGUUGUCGGUUUUGUAGGAUCGUGCUCGUGCCUGCUGUUACGUUGUGUGUGGUUAAAAGUUUCAUGUGUGUCACGGGGAAUACGUACGUUGCUAUCAGGAAGAAUGGACACUUUAGUGGAGGAUGUAUCUCUUGUAAUGAGUGCACUAGACAGUCAUGGUGCUACUGGAUUUGUGAACGCCAACGCAGUCUUUGAGAGGCUGGAAAGUUAUAAUUCUUCUAAAUGUCAAGGCAAAGAACUAGUCAACAAAGUUGUCACAAGUUUUCUAAUAGAUCUCGGUUUGGCACCACCCGUCAGUGACUCUCCAGAAGUGCAGAUAGUUGAUGUUGUUGAACCGAAUGGAGCAGCUGGACCGUCAUCACUAAAUGGCGCAUCUGGAUCAUCAACAUCGACAGGAGCAGAUGGACCAUCAUCACUCCCUUCAAGCUCUGUCGGGGCUCUUGAUAGCAAUGCAACUGCAUCGUCAGUACCUUCUCACUUAAAGGGUCCAGCUGCAGCUGGGCCUAGCAAAGCUCUCGCUAUUGACUCAAGCGUGGAAACAUGGACUUUAUCACCAGGUUUAUGUCAAGCCUUUAAUGAACCUUAUUCUCCUCUUGUCUCAUAUCCUUCAUCACCUGAAGAAGGCAAAGAGGAAAAAACUGCAAGUAAUAUUGUACCUACAAGCCUAAGCAAUGGUUCGAGUACAGGUGCCAUUCCUAAAGUUAAACAAAGUGUUCCUACAUCAAGCCGAACUUCUCCGGACUUGUUGAAUAAUUCUGAAGCUAUAGAAACACUUAGGCCAAAUUUUUUGAAGAAGAAUAGUUGUGAAGAUCUUUCUGCAAGUAAUGUGUCUGUUUCCUCCCCUUCAAAGAGGGAAUCUGAUGUUUUAGAGCCUUCAGAAUCAACUAUUUCUGCCAAGAAACUGAAAAGUAGUCCCAUCAGUCCUAAGAUGAAAACAAGUCCAGGACGUAGUCUAGCAUUGAACAGUGCUCAGGGCUUUUUGGAUCAGACAAUGAAUGUUGAUAACGUAGGAAGCAUAGCUGCCCCUAAUCCAGAGAGGAAAACAGCUUUGAAAGAACCAAAAGCUGCUGCCCAUGUUAAAACUUUAAGUGAAAUGUUUCCUGAAGCAGACCCUCAGUAUUUGUGGGAUAGAGCGGAACAAAUUGAGAAUGAUGAUGCAUUAGGUGCAUUGAUUGAGUCUAUGCUCUCUAAUGAUGAUUACCCUAGAGUGUUUCAGAGUAACAAGUCAUUUAGGAAUGCAAGUGCUGCAGCUGGUUCUGCAAAUGGCUUAUUUAAUGGAGAUUCAGAAUUUCAUGAGUUCAGUAAACCAUCGACUUCUACUGCUACAGUUGUGAAAUCGGAACCUUCAUCAUCAGUUCCAGUUGUUAAAUCUGAACCAUCAUCAUCAGCUCAAGUUGCCAAAGCUUCCUCUUCCAAUCUCUCUACUGAAGACAACCGUGCCAUAGCAUCUACCUCAAAGGCCUCAGGUUUUGUAAAUAAGCCUUUGACAACAGUGUCCAGUUUGAGUGAAGCUAAGAGGAGAAUGAGCUUGGAAAAUAGCAGUGCAAGCACAAGUGCUGUAACUGAAACUCCUGCUCCUGCACCACCACCUAGAGAACCCUGGCAGGAUCAGCACGAAAUUUUCCUACAGAUUUUUCCGGAUGCCGAUCCAUCAUACUUAGAAGAAAAGGCACGAUCUCUUUAUGACAAAGAGGAAGAUCUGAAGGUCUGUGUAGCCAAUCUUCUUGAGAACAGGGAUUACCCAUCAAGGAAGGAUUGGGAGUGGCGCCAAGAGCAGCUAGCAUUACAAAAGAGGUACACUGAGGAAUUCAGCAUACCCAAUUUUCUGGAAAUAUUUCCUGAUCCUUUCACAUACUUUGCUGAUGAGAAGAGGAAAUGCACUAAUCCAAACCAGGCUUCCAUGUUUCUGAGGAAUAAGUACCGUAAAUUAAGGGUUGCUGAUAUUGCAUCAACCUUCUCCCGUCAUGGCUACAACUUGACUUUGACAUGUAGAUCCUUAGAUAACUGGAAUGGAGCAACACUUAAAGGUCGGCGCACUCAGGUGGAAUAUGAUAUCAAGAAAUCAGGAGGCAAAGGUGUUGAUGUUCCUUUCCUACAAGAGAUUGCUUUCAUUGAAAACGAGCAGAAAAUAGUUGAGUUUUUGGAAGCUAAAAAGAAGAGACGUGAGGAUGCAUUCAAUGAGGCUAAAGCCAAAGGAGAGCUGUUGCAGUGCCAGUGCUGCUAUGAUGAUGAGGUCUUGCUGGAAGAUGUUCGCAACUGUUCUGAAGGCCACUUAUUUUGCGUAUCCUGCUUGCAAAAGAGCUCUGAGCAGAGAAUUGGUGAUGGACAAACAACAUUCCCCUGUUUGGAAGAUUGCUCUGCAGAAUUUGGCCUGCAAAUGUUACAGGAAAUUCUGAAACCCACCAUAUUUUCCCGCUUGGUCCAGAGAAAGCAGGCGGAGGAAGUCAAAGCAGCUGGCAUUGAAGAUCUUGUGCAAUGUCCUUUCUGUGAUUUUUGUAAUAUUCCUCCCAAGGAUGAUAAAGUAUUUCGUUGUCUCAAUCCUGAUUGUAUGAAAGAAUCCUGCAGGCUGUGCAAGGAAGAAAGUCAUGUCCCCCUUCGUUGCGAAGAGGUUGAAAGGAAGAGCGAGGUUGAAAUCCGAACUUACAUAGAAAACAAAAUGACUGAAGCGCUUGUCAGAACUUGUUGGAAAUGUAGUAGGAAGUUUGUGAAAGAGGACGGCUGCAAUAAAAUGACUUGUACAUGUGGUGCAUUAAUGUGCUACGUAUGCCGCCAGCCAGUUAAGGACUACUCUCAUUUUAAUGGCCAAGGAGGAGAUAAUUUUGAACGGUGCCCGCUGUGGUCCAACAACGACGACCUCCACGUGGACGCCGUCGUCAAGGUGGCGGAGGCCGCCAAGCAGGAGGCGCUGGCCCAGAACCCCAACGCCAAGCUGGUGCACGACCCCACCCUGGUGCUGCCCGAGGCCAAGAACAAGGACCGGCACCGGGUGGUGCCCCGCCACGGCCACGGCCACGCCGCCGUCCUCGGCGCCGCCGCCGCAGCGCUCCGGGACAACCUCGCGGAGUUGCAACGCCGCCAUCGCCGUUGGACCGAUCAGCUCGCCGUGGAGCAGGACGCCCACCGCAGCCGGCGUUUGCGGCUCCGGGCCGCCGACAUCGCCCAGCAGAUUCGCGCCCUGCGGAUGCGCGAGCAGUUACGCCAGCAGCGGGCCGCGCGGGUGGAGCAGGAGGCCGCGCGCCUCGCGCAGCAGGAGCGCGUGCUUCACCGGGACGGCCAGCGCGGCCAGCGCGUCGAGCUCAGGCUGCCCGCGUACGUCCUCCAGCGCGCCCAGCGCGGCGAGCUCGUGCAGCAGGAGGAGCGCCGCGGGCCGGGUGAGCAGAUCGGCCACCAGGGACUCGAGGAUGUGCGCCUCCGUCUAGUGACUGAGCAAGCAGAGCUCGAGCGUCGAGAUCAAGAUUUCCGUCGCCAGGUCGAAGAGAGAGCCGAGCAAGAUGUCCGUCGCCAGGUCGAAGAGAGACUCGAGCUAGACAUAGCUCGGGCCGUUCAGAACAGCCUUGUGACUGCGCUGCAGGUCCGCCCCGCCCCGGUGACUGCUCCACAGCCUGCUCCACAGCCUGCUCCCCAGCCGGCUCCCCAGCAAGCCCUUCAGCACGCCCCUCAGCGAGCUCCACAGGCUCCCCAGGCCGCACCGCAAGCACAUCAAGUCCCUCCUGCCUACUCGGGUCCUCCAUAUCAGCCGACAUAUGCAGCGCCCUACCAAGUUCACGUUCCCCAGCAGCCACCUCUGUGGCAGGCCCCAAACGCUCCCCUGACCGUGACAAACGCAGCUCAAGUCAGAGCCUUCUUCGCGCAAUCUCCCCCACUGCCCUUCCGGCUGGCGCCCCCCGCGCCGUACCCACCAACGUGGCAGCAGCUGCCCAAUUUUGACAACAUUAUGAAUUUGGGAAGAGUGAACCCUGCUACGUUACCUGGUGCGAACCAGCAGCACUUUCCCCAGUGAUGACUCUCGCCUUUUGACGUCAUGUCACACCUGUGUGCAUGGAAGUAAUACCUGCAAGUGUCAAGUUGUUUUUUUAAACAAGUAUGUUUGUUUACUGUGGGCUUUGUAACAACUUUGUGCCUAAUGUACCUGCCAAAUGUGAUGCUAAUGUCAUUGAAAUUGGGCAUAUAGUUAAAUGUUUUUAAAUGUGUAAUGGGUCUGACUUUGGGGAAAAUUUCCCUUUCUCUGUUCUGAUCUCAUUCUUUUCCUAAGCUAUUUCAUAAGUUGUACUAGUUCGUGUUAUAUUUUAGGAACAUGAGAAUUAAAAUUUAGGAGGUGAGUCUGACGCAUAGUCUGAGGGGCUACCUUAUUUUCUUUGUUAUGUAUGACUUACGAUAUGUUGUCUGUUUAGUGCAAGUCCAAGUGCGUGUAUCUGACCUAUGCAAAAUUGACCUUGUUUGAUUUUAAAAGGUGAGCUGUCUGAUUUGUUUGACUUCAUCAACCAAUACUCAAAUAUCUAAUUCAAUGCUCAGCUACAACUUAUUCUUGAAUGAUUUCAACGUUGAGUCACUUUCUUUUUUUUUCCUGUUGAGCAAAAGGAGUAUUGGCUUGAUUUUAUGGCCUAAAUUUCAAUUUCUUGAUUGAUUAGUUUUUACAUUUGCCAAUGAUUACAGUAAAUUUUUUGUGUAAGAGUAUUCAGGUCUGAUUAGUCAUGUCUCUGUUUUGUACGGGCAGAUUUCUAUUUUUAAGCCAGAGGAUCCAAACUUCUGUUGUUUGAGUCUAUUUUGUAUGCGUAGAAGAUCAUUUAUGGAGUACUGCUGUAUUCUAGGUAUCUUGCGUGUUGAAAUACUUUUAUAUUCGUUGAUGCUUAUAACAAAUUGCAAAUUUAACUUUUGUAAGCAUUGUAUGUUUUUCAUGAGAAUAUAUUGAGAUUAUUCUUGGUAUGUGA